AUGCUACGUCAAAGCGGCGGGUCUCGAAAAGGUGUCAAAUUGCCGUUUGCGCUACGGCAAGAACUAGGAAUUGAAGGACAUUCGCGUGAAGGCGGUCGACGCAGGCAAUAUGGUUCGGUGAGAGGCAGGAAAGAUCAGCGCAGGGCCUCCCGUGUCGAGAAGAGGCAGCAUAAGCGUAUACGAGGUUCAAGACCGUCCGCGACGGAGGAGGAGUUUUCGGAGCAUGAUGCGGGCGACGGCGACGACGAUGAUGAUGAACACGAGCCAGCCCCAGAACCCAGGCCUGCGAAGCCUACGCGACUCAAACCGAAUGCACCGAAAUCUAUUCUCAAAAAGUCCCUGAAACAAUCAUCACCCUCCCCGACGCCGUCAGACUUACCUUCCAUUCGUAGCUCGCGAUCGUCUUCGCCGGGCCUGGUCCUCGAUGCCAAUUCCCGUGCUUUCAAAGAUCGAGCAGCACAGGAUGAGGCAGAAAUAUCGGCCCUUGAGAGGAAACUCGGAUUGAAGAAGAACAAAACUCCCAAAUCCUAUGCCGAGGAUGGGCUGGAUGAUCUUCUUGAAGGAUUGGGCGACGAUGAGAGGGGUGGGAAGAGAAAAUCCGAAGGGAAGGGAUGGUUAGAACGCAAGAGACGGCGAAUUGUCGUUGAUGAAGAGCGUGGCGUUGAAGAUGGCGCCAGUGCAAGUGCGAGUGAGAGCGAAGAGCAGGAAGGAUUUAACAUCGAUGAAAACGACGAGACAGAUAUUCUCGAAGACGACGACGGCGCAGGCGAUAUCGAUGCUGACCUGGACGAGGAUAUCGAGGACGAGAUCUCAGAUGAGGAAAUGGAACAAAACGAAGCAGGAUCGUUCGACGGAUUCGACUUGGAUGAAGAGUCCCCUCCUUCUCAGCCAAAGAAACCUCGUGAAAACCCUUACGUGCCGCCAGUCACUCCUAGCGCAUCAACCUCCAAGUAUAUCCCGCCGUCUUUGAGAAAAGCACAAGUUUCGGAAGGGGCAGUCAUCGAGAGGUUGAAACGACACCUGCAAGGCCACCUCAACAAGCUGUCCGAAGCGAAUCUGGUGUCCAUCUUGGGGGAGAUCGAGAAAGUCUACCAAUCAAACCCUCGGCAGGAUGUCACGACCGUGCUGAUCGAGCUUCUCUUGACGCUCUUGUGCGAUCGAUCCGCCCUCCAGAAUACCUUUGUCAUCCUUCAUGCUGCAUUCGCCACGGCGGUGUACAAGGUCGUGGGGGUCGACUUUGGUGCCGAGUUGUUGUCCCAGCUAGUGGCGCGAUUCGACCAGUAUCGCGACGACGACACUGGCGGAAAAGAGGCACCGAACCUGAUCAGUCUGCUGUCCAACCUAUUCACAUUCCACAUGAUCGGCAGCGCCAUUAUCUUUGACUAUAUCCGCCUCUUACUCGGACGGCUGAGCGAGAACAAUACAGAGCUCCUGCUGCGCCUGAUCCGGGACUGCGGCCCCCAGUUGCGGCAAGAUGACCCAUCGUCCCUCAAAUCCAUUGUUCAACUAAUGCAAAAAGAGACGGCCCGCAUGAACUCGGCGGGAGAGCAGAUGAGCGUACGUACAAAGUUCAUGAUUGAGACCAUUACCGACCUCAAGAACAACAAAAUGAAAGCAGCAACCAACAACGCAGGUCUUUCCAGCGAGCACAUUACACUGAUGCGAAAGGUCCUGGGCUCUCUUAAUGACAAGCGCAAUGUGAGAGCGUUGGAGCCGCUCCGAGUCACCAGAGAUGACAUCAAAAACAGCGACAAGAAGGGAAAGUGGUGGCUGGUAGGAGCAAGCUGGAAAGGGAAUGAGCCCGCAGCAGUACCGGAAGAUAUCACCAACACUUCGAUUCUGGCAUCAGGUCAAGACGUCGACGACGAGUCAAUCGACCUGCUAGCUCUCUCUCGCCAGUAUGGUAUGAAUACAGAUAUCCGGCGCUCUAUCUUCGUUGCUUUACUCUCCGCCGUCGACUAUCAAGACGGCCAUAUGCGAAUUCUGAAACUUCGCUUGAAGCGCAACCAAGAGCAAGAGAUUCCAAGGGUCCUUCUUCGCUGCGCUGCUGGAGAGAAGCCUUACAAUCACUACUACACACUCGUGGCCAAGAAGUUAUGUCUCGACAAGAAAAUGCGCAAGGCCUUCCAAUUUGCAUUGUGGGGCUUUUUCAGAAGAUUAGGCGAAACCUCCGAUCUUGAUGACGGAGAGGAAGAUCAGGAAGCCGAAGACGUCGACAUGACUGAGAUUGCAAAUCUGGCCAGGCUCUAUGCUCACCUAGUACUAGACGGGGCAAUACCACUGGGUGCUUUAAAAGUGUUGGAUCUGCUGUCUGCAAAGGAACGGACAAUCAUGUUUGUCGAGCUGAUGGUGGCAAUUAUCCUCGUCGAGGCGCAACCGACCGCGUUGGUUAAGGUGCUGGAGCGGACGGCCGCCGAUACGCCACAGCUCGUCAAGAGGUUACAGUUCUUCAUCAAGAAGAAUGUGAAGACGUCAGACUUGCUCGGGAAGAAGGACCAGAAGGCUGUCAGGCAAGGUUGUCGAGUAGCCCUGGAGACACUUAGCAGGCUGCAGACGGUUGAUGAAGAAAUUGGAAUCUGA